AUGCAAACUAUUUUAUAUUUAAUUAAUAAUUGGGAAACAAUAGCCAAUUAUAUUUUACAUAAAUAUCGUCAUAACACUUUCAUUCUCUCAGCCAUCAAAGGAUUACGCAAUGGCUUGGUUUAUGGAGCCCGCAUACGAGCGCCACAUGCUUUGGUGAUGGUUUUCUUGUUCGGAGAUGGAACAGUUCUACAAAAGCUAUUAACAAUCUUUCAAUUGACGAAGACGCAUGCAUUCAACUUAGCCAGAUUUGUGUUCAGCUAUAAGCUGCUUCAUGGCUUUCUAACAAAACUAGAAGGACAACAGAAGGAAUGGCAUGCAUUUGCAGCAGCUUCCGUAAUGGGAUAUUUGGUAUUUGGAUCGAAUAAUUCCGUGAAUAUGCAGAUCAAUUUAUACCUCUUAUCCCGCGUUGUUGUUGGAUUAGCGAAAUUAGCUGUUGAUCAACAGCUUCUGCCUCAGCCAAAUUUUCCUGUUUUUCCUCUGUUUGCAGCUGGUGUAUGGGGAUUAGUGCUGUGGUUGUUUGAGCACCAUACUGAAGUUCUACAAGGUUCCUUGGCAAAGAGUAUGACUUAUUUGUACAAGGAUUCUAAUAUCUGGACGAACAUCCAAGAUUUCUUGAUUCGCAACAAAUAA